UGAUGACAUCAUUAAAAAGAUAUGCGCUAUUGUAAAAUCUAUUAACCAAACAAAAUGUACUUAAUACUUAUUAUUAACCAUAGGUGAAGUUUAUAAUCCAUUAAAAUUAACAUUUAACUAUCAAAACUUUAUAAAAUACGCACUUAAUAAUUUAUAACUUAAUAAUCUGCAUAUGUUUUAUUAAGAUAAUUAUGGCAAAUUCUGUACCAUUUAACAUGUGCACAUAACAUUUUAAAAUUAUUAUUUAUAAUAAACUGAUAAAUUCUUUAAAACACAUUAGUGUAAUCACACUGUUAUGAUUAAGGUAUAGUUGGAAAUUAGGUUUAGGUAUGUUCAUUUAAGAUUUAAUACCUACCCAAUCUUAUUUUAUUGAUAGCUAAUAAUAAGUGUAUGGUAAUUAAGACUAUCUCUUUCUAUAUCUCUUUUCUUAGUAUAGAACCAAUACAAAAUAAGCAUUUGAAUUUGUAUUUAUUUAAUUUUUCUAAAACAAUAUCUUUAGAAAAUAUUAUCAAGUUCUUAUUUUUACUAAAAUCACAUAUUAUAAUAUCAUACUUACAUUUAUGUUAGAACUAUUAGUACGCAAACAUUUAUUGUGGCAAAUCAUUAUGAAAUGCAGGCUUAAUUAUAAGAUAAUGGAUCAAUGCCAGAUUGAUGGAAUUGAGGAACUCAAGAUUACUAAUGAUGUUCAUCUUGAGACUACUAAUAAUAAUAUGAAAUCAAUCAAACACAUAACUAUCAAAAAGAACACUUCAGAUUCAGAUCAUCGUACUCCUAAACGUAAAAGUGAUAUUUCUAACUCAAAUAUUUUGAAAAAAAAAAAAAAAUAUGAGACCGCUUUGGCUGCAAUUUUUCCUGAAAAUGACCAAUCAUACUCGCAAUAUGCUCAAGAUUAUGCUGAAGGAUAUAUGAAAAAGAUGCGAGAAAGAUUAGAUAUAGAUUCUUUUGAUCUAGCCAUAAAACUUUUAGCAUCUUUUGGAGACGCUGAUGAUAGCAAUAUUAAUCUUUUAUAUGAACAAAUAACCGAAGUAUUAACUGAUAAAAACGAUGAUUUAAUCUAUGAAUUUUUAGGAUUUUUACUUCCAGGACAAGCUCUAUCAAUUGGGAAAUUCACAGAUUAUCUAGAAUUAACUAGAAUAAAAGAAUUUAUUAGAAAAUUACAAGUUUGCAUGAAAAAACAACCAACUCAAGUUCGUAAAAUAUUAGACAACUUGUUUCAUUUAUCAAAAAGUGAAAAUAUUACUCCAUUAGAAGUACAUACAGCCAUGCUUCCUUUAUUAAAGAGUAAUCCGAUUUUAGUUGAUUGUUUUUUUCAAUUAAUCCCAACAGAACAUCCUCCUGAAAGUUUUUUUUCUGACGACAAUUGGGAAGACUUGGAUAUUGAUCAAAGUAUUAAUGCUGGAAUAGAUUAUGAAGAAAUAAUUCCAUCCGAUUCAGAAGAUCAUACACAAUUAAAUAUAUGCCAUUGCAUGUGCCAUAAACCUGGAGAUAUUACACAUUGUAGAUCCUGUGGUCUAAAGUUUUUUAAAGGUCGUGUCUACUUUGAUACACUAGAAGGAUUGAAAUUAGCAAAAAUAAAUUUUGAAGGAGCUGACUCAUCUAUUGUGCAGUCUAAAAUUGAUAAAACAGAAGAAAAUAUUACAGUAAAGCAAAAAAAUAGGAAGAGUUUGAUUAAAAAUAGUUCUCCUGGCUCAGCAGAAGAUAUUAAAGGCAGCACAGGAACAGAAUCUGAAGAAGAUCUAAUUGAUGUGAAACCAAAAAAACGUCAGAAAUCAAAAGUAGUACAGUCUUUAAAGCUAAAGUAUAAAAAAGAUGAAAACCCUAAAUGUUGUAAAGACGAGCAAGAACCAUGUGUUGAAACAGGAAAAUCUAUUGUUCAUGUUACCAACGAAGAAUUAAAAAGUAGUGAAAUGGUGUUUUUUUGUAUUCCUAAAGCAGAAGCUAGUGUGAAAAUCUUACCAAAAAAGAAAUUAAAAGUUGACAAUAAAGAAAGUACAAUCCUAAAGGAUUAUGAAAUUAUAAAUCAAAUCAAGUCUGAAACCUUAGAUAAUAUAAAUUCAGAUGUAUUUGAAAAAAAUAUGGAAAUUAAAACCGAAGUCUUUUCAGAUAAAAAUAAUGAAAUUGAUGCACCUAAAGAAAUCACAAAAGAAUUACAUUUUUUACCAUCACCAGGUACUAUUGAUAAUGUACCCGAAGUAGACAUUCAAUUUGAGCAAUGCCAGCUACCAAACAAAAUUAAAGUAGAAUUUACCAACAAUAUUUCUAAUAGUGAUUUUUCUGAAGAUUACCAAUCAGAUAACAUACAACAGAAAAGCUUAGAAGAAUCAAAUAACCUUAAAGUUAAAAAAGAGUUUGGUGAAGACUUGAACAUCAGUAGUCUCAACAAUAAGAAACAAUGUGAUGAUCAAAAUACUUCAACUAAGUUAACAGACUGUAAUUUGAUCACUACAACAACAUCUGAUAUCAAUAAAACAUUACUACAUGAAAAUAUCACAAUAAAAAGUGAAAAUAUUGAUAAUUUAUCUGAAUGUUAUGUACACGUAAGAGACAAACGAGACAAUAAUGAAACUGAAAAACAAUUGAUAAACAAAUGGACAAUAGAUGAAGAUAAAAUUAUUCUACAAACUUGUAAAAGAGUUGAAGACAUUGAAGUUUUAUUAGAGACAAUUAAUAGGCGAAUACCACAGAGAUCAGUAUCUGAGAUACAAGAAAGGUUCACAACUUUGAUGACUUUACUUGAACAGAUGAUUGAAGUAAAACAAAAUUAGCAUAGCUGAUAUUUAUUAUAACACAUUUAUUUGUUAUUUGUUAAAAUAAAAACAUACUAAAACAUUUCCUUAAUAUAAUUUUAUUUCAGUCUUCAUAUCCUGGCGGUCUUGGUAUUCUUUUAUUCUCAUAAUCGUCAAGAUUAACUUUUUCCAUAAGCUUUUUAUACUCGGUUUCUAUGGUAACGCUGCCUCGAGGUUUCAUUUCAAUACCUUGUUUCUUAAGUUCUUCUGGGCUGAUGAACUUAACCUUUCGAUGAUCAUAUCGAAUCUGUGAAAAUUCUCUUAGACCAAAUGAUCCUCCAACAACCAACAAUAUAAAUGGCAAUCCAAGUCUAAUAAAUUUGUUUUUUAUAAAACUGUCCAAUGAUUUUGAUAAAUUAUCCAUUGUUACGCGUUAAUUGAACACAUGUUAGGGUAUCCUUAAAUGUAAUAAAAUAAAUCUUAUAUUAAG